AGGCUCAGGCUCAGGCUCAAGCUCAAGCUCAAGCUCAAGCUCAGGCCCAGGCUCAAGCUCAAGCUCAAGCCCAAGCUCAAGCUCAAGCUCAGGCCCAGGCUCAGGCCCAGGCCCAGGCACAAGCACAAGCACAAGCACAAGCUCAGGCCCAGGCCCAAGCUCAGGCCCAGGCUCAGACCAUCCAGCACAUGGUCCAGCAGCAGCAGGUUCAGGCCCAGAACCAGCCUCAGCCGGGUCAGAUGGCUUCACACUCUCAGCAGCAGCAGCAGCAGCAGCAGCAGCAGCCCGGCAUGGUGCCUCAGUCUCUGGCUGGACAGAUGACGUCCGCUCAGCACGUCCCCAUCAACUCGCUCAGUCAGCAGCAGCAGCAGCACCAGCUCAAGAUCCAGGCCUUCCAGGCCCGUGCAGCCUUGCAGCAGCAGCAGCAGGUCCAACAGGCGCAGCAAGCCGCAGCACAGGCGCAGCUCAACGCAGCCGCUGCAGCCGCCGCCACCGUACCUGGACAGUUGGUCCGUCCUGGGUUGCAGAUUCCGGCCCGGCUGCCUCGAGCCCCCCUGAAUCCCUCCAUCCCUCCACCAAACGCUGCUGCUGCUGCCGCUGCCGCCGCCGCCGCCGCUGCUGCCGCGGUGGGAGGACAGCCAAUGACACAGCAGGUACAGCAGCAUUCGAUGAUGUCAUCGCCCUCACAGGUGCAGCAGAUGCUCCCGCCCCCCCAGCCGUCACCUCAGCCCCCCUCCUCGCAGCCCAACUCGGCCAGCUCCGGUCCCACACCGUCUCCGGGUGGAUUCCAGCCCAGCCCGUCCCCUCAGCCCUCACAGAGCCCAGCCAACGCCAGAACCCCCCAGAACUACGGGGUCCCCUCACCUGGACCGCUCAAUACUCCAGGUAACCCCACCUCAGUGAUGAGUCCGGCUGGAGCUACGUCUCUGGAGGACCAACAGUACAUGGAGAAACUGAAACAGCUGUCCAAAUACAUCGAGCCUCUGCGGAGGAUGAUCAACAAGAUCGACAAAAACGAAGACAGGAAGAAGGACCUGAGUAAGAUGAAGAGUCUGCUGAACAUCCUGACUGAUCCAAACACCAGGUGUCCUUUGAAGACGCUGCAGAAGUGUGAGAUCGCCUUAGAGAAGCUGAAGAACGACAUGGCCGUGCCGACCCCCCCGCCCCCCCCGGUGCCCACGAAGCAGCAGUAUUUAUGUCAGCCCCUGCUGGACGCCGUCAUGGCCAACAUCCGCUCUCCAGUCUUCAACCAUUCUCUGUACAGAACCUUCGCCCCCGCCAUGACCGCCAUCCACGGCCCACCCAUCACGGGUCCAAAUGUCUCCGGUCGAAAGAGGAAGCACGAGGAGGACGAGCGGCAGACGAUCCCGAACAUCCUGCAGGGCGAGGUGGCUCGCCUCGACGUCAAGUUCCUUGUCAACCUGGAUCCUUCGUUCUGCAGCAACAACGGCACCGUGCACCUCGUCUGCAAGCUGGACGAUAAGAACCUUCCCAGCGUUCCUCCUCUGCAGCUCAGUGUUCCUGCUGAUUAUCCAGACCAGAGUCCAUACUGGGCUGACGACGAGGACCAGUACGGUGCGAACAGCUUCCUGCAGACGGUCCACAGAAACAUGACGUCCAAACUGCUGCAGCUGCCCGACAAGCACUCGGUGACGGAGCUGCUCAACACCUGGGCCCAGAGCGUCCGGCAGGCCUGCCUGUCUGCCGCCUGAAGCCCCGCCUACUGCUGACAUCACCCCUGACACGCACACACACGUUUACACGGACACUACAUCAUGAUCUCACCAUGAAUCUCUGUUACUUAAGCGUUGUUUAAAGGUUCUUUUCAAACAUUCAGUGCUGAAACAUUUGGAACUGGUCCGAGAGAUCGCCUCGACCCGGAUCCACCAAAGUGUCCGAUAAGUUUCUGUAAAGAUCGGACUGAGCGGUUCUGGACGUACUGAGGCGACGCUCUGGGACCAGUUCCAAACUUUUUUUGAACCUUUUACGUCGUUCAGACUGAGAAAAUCCAGAACGAGCCUUUAAAGGAUGAAGGCUCAUGUUUCCCACGCUCCUCUUCGGUCCUGAACGCUCCAUGACGGGCUCGUGUCAUCCUGACACUGUUCCUGGUGGAUUGUGGGUAAAUCAAGACUGACGGUGUGUUCAGGCGCCCUUCAGUCCGACAGCAGGUUUCAGUUUGUGUAAAUAACAUUUACUGUUUGAAGCUUCAGACGGGAAACAAGGAAACUCAUUUAUCCUGACAUUUAAUCAGCUCCCUGAAUGCAUCACGUUGUUUUGUAUCACGGCGAUCGAUGAUGUCACGACGAUCGAUGAUGUCACGACGAACUCUCAAACUCGUUUGUAUGCUUUGAUUUUCAAAGUGAGAAAAUGUAGAAAUGUAUUUUUUUUGCUAUCAGAAAUAAAAAUGUUAAAAUUCAAA